GGAACCCUUAUAAGCUUUAGAGCUUGUGCCACCAUGGCAGCAGCUGCCUGGGGCACUGGGGCUCUCAAUGCUCUGCUACUCACUGCUAAUGCAUUUUCACUGCCUUUCUGCCAUGGCAAUGUUGUGAAUCAGUUCUUCUGUGAAAUCCCCCACAUUCUCAAGCUCUCCUGCUCGAAUUCUUAUCUCAGGGAAGAUGGUCUUGUAAUGUUUAGUGCCUUAUUUUUUUUCUCUUGUUUUAUAUUCAUUGUUGUGUCCUAUGUGCAGAUUUUCAGGGCCGUGCUGAGGAUGCCCUCUGAGCAGGGACGGCACAAAGCCUUCUCCAUGUGCCUCCCUCACCUGGCUGUGGUCUCCUUGUUUCUCAGCACUGCCAUGAUUGCCUAUUUGAAGCCCCCCUCCAUCUCUUCCCCAUCCCUGGACCUGGUGGUGUCAUUUCUGUACUCAGUGGUACCUCCAGUAAUGAACCCCCUCAUCUACAGCAUGAGGAACCAGGAUCUCAAGGAUGCUCUGUGGAAACUGAUGAACAAAUGUGUUUUGAAAACAAUGAACUGCCCACAUAUUUAUAUUGAAGAGUUGCAAUGCAGAUUUUAA